AUGGCUCAAUCAGGAGGACAUUGGCACCCCAAUCCACAGCUCAUGCAGCAAAAUUCUAUUCCACAGGGUUGGCAAGGCACCUGGCCCCCACCAGCUGGCGUUUCUCUUCCUCCAAACUUCCCUGGUCCACCACCUAUGCCGCCUGGCGCCAACACCCACCCGCAUUGGAAGGCUGGUUUCUGGCAGUAUAACCCCGCCUAUAACAUGAAUGCAGGUUCCGGUGUUCCUUGGGCACCCGGAAUGGGGUGGGCUCAGAACGUCCCUGCUAACUUUAAUCCCUAUAAGCGCGUCCCGCGUCCGGCAAGCCCGAGCUACUGGAGGACACAGCUUACCGACAAUGGUCUUGGUUUGGAGAACAUGGUCCCUGCGAGAACAGAUCGAGAUCGAGAAUCCACCAGAGAUGUACAAGGGGAUGCUGUGCCACAAACUCCGUGGAUAUGGAAUCCUCCAAGUCUGUUGGCGACGGAUGGAGCAGACCGUGCUACCCCGACGAAGGACUUCAACAAUCGUCGGAGCUCCCAGGAUAGUACCCGGAGUAACUCGACUCCGACCAGUUAUGGGCCCCCACAAAGAGGUUCACAGGACAGCCACAACACUACAAGCACGGGCACACCUGUACGAGACUAUUUUUAUAGUCAUCCAGCCUCAAGACACGGUUCUCUAGACAGCCUCAGCUCCCGCUCACAGGGGCUGAGCCAACAUCCCAUCUCUUCGGCAACUCCGCCACCACCAUCGUCGCACGGUCGUAUAGGUUCGAUUUAUUCGAAUCGGACAUCAUCUGGACCGCAAUAUGUGCCCCCUUUUCCAGCUCCGCCAUCUUCAUCUUCGUCUACAUCAACAGCCAUAUCGUCAUCAGCAACCCGCUCACAACAGCCUCUUCAUGCGCCCAUGUUCACGAGAGAGCCAGAGUCAUUUAUGACUAGGUCAGACCUUCAAACAACAUUCUCAUCCAAUGUCGUGCGGACCCCUACGCACUAUCAGGGGACACGCAGACAUACGGAUGAAGCUCUCGACCACUCGUCACGCUCGUUUUCGGCGCCGAGCGCGAGUACUUCAGUGUCCGCUUCCCGUGGCCUUUCAGUGCCAGAACCCCUUUCACGGCAUCAUUCAUUCCCAACCACGUCCUCACCGUCCUCUAUGGGUUCACUGUCUACGUUUACGGAGGAUAUGGGUAGUGUACUGAGCCCCCUCAUUAAUUCCGUGCAAAGAUCUGCUACUGGUUCGUUAUCACGGAGUAGGACAGAACCUGUAAUUCCGCCAGCCCAUUUAUCGACCAUCCCAGAGUCUACGUCAUCGUCUUCCCAUUCGAGCUCAGAUGACUUCUUUUAUCCUCUAUCUGUACCUCCAGAUUCUGAUGAGGAUUCACCAGAAUCAUCACCUUCGCGUCAUCGUGUUCGCACGCGAGAGAUAGAACGUGAACGGGAGAGAGAUCGCGAGCGACGCAGGGACAGGAGCCAAUCGUACGAAAGAGGGAGCCGCCUCACGCCAUACAAUAAUAACUCGCGGUCCUCGAAUCCUCUCCCGCCACCACCAAUGGAGCGUCCCAACCCAGCUGCGUCCGCACCGCCUCAUCAGUCCCCAGAGCCUGCGCAUUAUACACAACGUAUACGGAAGGGGUUCUGGAACCGACGGGGGGACCACCUCACAUCGAAUUUGUAUGUCGUCUAUGCACCAGAGGAGAGGGCGUAUCCUGCGGAGUUGCAGCAUUACCCCAGCGAGAUGGAAGGAUAUAAAGAUCAGUAUGGUGCUUUUGUGCCGUAUUUGGCUGAAAGGCCAGAGUUACCUGCGAGUUUGCCGUAUCAUGGACGGCCUCCAACGCAGCCGUAUGACAGCUUUGUCAUCUACAGUUAUCAUUGA